ACAGAGAAGAAUAACAAAAUGAAUGAGUUUAUCGUGGCAGGAAAGUACCGGGUCAUCCGUAAGAUUGGAUCCGGUUCAUUCGGCGACAUCUAUCAGGGAAUCAACAUCAUCAAUGGCGAGCAAGUUGCGCUUAAAAUGGAGAGCCUGACGGCACGGUACCCCCAGCUGAUGUACGAAUACAACCUGUACAAAGUGCUAAUCGGGGGCGUCGGAAUUCCGCACAUCCAUUACUUUGGCCAGGAACGAAACUAUAACGUGCUGGUAAUGGAUCUGCUGGGGCCUUCGCUGGAAGAUUUGUUCAACUUUUGCAGUCGCCAUUUCACUAUAAAAACGGUGCUGAGGUUGGUCGAUCAAAUGAUCGGUCGGUUGGCGUAUUUACAUAUAAACAAUUUCAUUCACCGGGACAUCAAACCAGACAACUUCCUGAUGGGCAUCGAUUGGCACUGUAACAAGCUUUUCAUUAUCGAUUUUGGAUUAGCGAAAAAGUACCGGGACUCCCGGUCGCGUGUCCACAUCAUGUACCGCGAGGAUAAGAACCUAAUAGGCACAGCCCGCUACGCUUCGAUCAAUGCCCACCUCGGAAUCGAACAGAGCCGCAGAGACGACAUGGAAUCGCUGGGCUACGUCAUGAUGUAUUUCAACCGAGGUUCACUACCCUGGCAAGGACUGAAAGCCACAAACAAGAAGCAGAAGUAUGAAAAGAUCUCCGAGAAAAAGAUGUCCACCCCGAUAGAGCUGCUCUGCAAGGACUUCCCGGCGGAGUUUGCAAUGUAUCUCAACUACUGUCGCAGGUUGCGGUUCGACGAAGGACCGGAUUAUAUGUAUUUGAGACAACUGUUUAGAGUCCUAUUCCGUACGCUCAACCAUCAGUACGACUACACCUUUGACUGGACGAUGCUGAAACAGCGAGGGAUCCUAAAGGGUGGCACCAACGCCCUGCCCCACGCAAGCGGCGAAGGAAAUCGCGAGGGACGGCGUAAUAAAGAUAAGCAACCAACUGAAACUGAAAAAUAG